AUGGAUUCCAGACAGAAGGUCCAGAGUUUAAGCGCAGAAGCAAUUUGUCCUCUUUGUGCUGAUUUCUUCACCGAACCGGUUUCACUGGAGUGUGGACACAACUUCUGCUGCUCCCGUAUCACCCAGAGUUGGGAAAAGCAGGAGAUAAAUGCCUGCCUGGAAUGUGGACAGAAGAUUACGGAAAGAAACCUCAGGGUAAAUGGGCCCUUAGCGAAUCUGGCCGAGAAGGUUCGAAAAUUAAAUCAGAAUCAGCAAGAGCAGGGAAGUAAACUUCACUGUGAGGAACAUCAGGAAGAACUGAAGCUGUUUUAUGAAACUGACAGGAAAUUGAUCUGUAUCAAUUGUGUAGAUUCGUGGGAACACAGAGAGCACCGCUUCAUCCCGAUUAAAGAAGCUGUGAGAAUCUGCAAGGAUCAGAUGAAAUCUUCCUUAGGUUCUCUCACAGAGAAGAAAUUGGCGGCUCUAGAAGUGGAGUGGCAGCAGAAAGAGAAGAUUUCCCAAAUUAAGAAACAGGCGAGCAAUCUGCAGGCCCACAUCACAUUCGAGUUCAUUAAAAUGCAUCAGUUUCUCACUGAAAAAGAGCAGCAUUUACUCCAAGAUGUCAGGGAAGAAGAGGAGAGGAUUCUGAAAGCAAUGAAGGAAAAUCUUUGUGAAAUUCAAGAGAAUUUAAAGUCUAUUCAGGAGAAACUCUUAAAGUUGGAAAGCCAGUUGGAACAAAAAGACGGAGUGAUAUUUCUGAAGGAGGAAGCAUCUCAAAAGAGGAGGAUUAGUGAUGAUGUUAAUGCGCUAUCACUAGCAGAUGGUGCCCUGACCGUUGGAAAAUUCCAAGGCCCUUUACCAUACCCAGUGUGGAGCGAAAUGCUGGAGGUCAUUAACCCUGUCUUGGUGAUCCUAGAUGCAGAAACAAUGAGUCCAGAGCUUGAGGUGUCCAAGGAUCUGAAGAGUUUGAGAUGGGCCCGUACCCAGAGGAGUCUCCCUGACAACGAGAAGAGGUUUACAGACUGUCCCUGUGCCCUGGGAUCAGAGGGAUUCACAUUGGGAAGGCAUUACUGGGAGGUGGAGGUGGCGGGGAAUCGAGGUUGGAUUCUAGGUGUUGCUUCUGAGUCUGUGGAGAGAAAGAAAGGAAUCAAUCUGAUCCCGGAGAAUGGAUUCUGGACCAUUCGGCGUUUUGGGAGUCAGUUUUAUGUAAACUUGACAAUUCGAUCUCAUCUCCCUGCUGGUCAGAUCCCUGGGAAGGUAGGCAUUUAUCUCAGUUAUGAGUCUGGGACAGUUUCAUUUUACAACGUGGACACCAAGUCCCAUCUCCACACCUUCACUGGGAAUAAAUUCACUGAGAAACUUUAUCCUUUCUUAAGAACUUCGGAUGAAAACCAUUUUCUGAGAAUCUGUUCCGGUUGGGAUCCUGAUCCAGAAAAGGAGCGGGUCUUCAGGGUCACAUAA